AUAAUCGUUUUAUAUAUUGUUCUAGUCAGUAACUGAUAUGGAGGCUCACUUUGAUAUCAAAGCUGCUUUAUGGCUGAUUUUACUGUUAAAUUUCAUCUGAAACCUUGGGAAAGUCAUUUUGUUGCCAGGAACAUCAGUCUUGUCGUAACAUGCUCAGAAGUGUCAGUUAGAUUUUCUGGAUACUUGCGGUGCAAAACUAUCUGAUAAAUCUCAUUAGUUCAAAUAAUUUCUUUUUUUUUUUACUUUGAAGAAAACAUUGUAUGAGAAAUGGCUGAUUUGUUGCGAGGCUGUUGCUUUGCACUUGCUAGUGUUCAGUCCAGCAGGCUUUGUUUCUGAGAUUUGUCUGAGCUAUUAAUAGUAGUUUCUUUGUGUUUUUGUUGACGAUGUGGUUCACUCUCGUCAGAAGUCACAUCUGAUUAAUAUUCUGUGAUGUGUGACGACUGAAGUGCUGAUCUCUGUGUGUGUGUGUGUCUCCAUUAAUGAGUGUAUCAGACAGUCAGCAGUUUGUGGUGGUGAGUUUGAGCGAGAGGAGGAGGAAGAGAGGAUGAAGACGAGCCAAUGAGAAUGAGUCACAGAUCAGACAUUAUCUAAUGGAGACUGGAGACAGACAAAUACAUACACACACACACACACACACACACACACACAUUUAACUCACAUUUACCAGUGUAUCUAAAUCAGGAUGUGUCAGUAAAACCUGUCCACGUCACAUUUCAGAUAUAUAAAAAAAAAUACAUAAAUAACACAGAAAGACAGUUUUACUUUUACUGUAAAAAAGUAAAUGUAAUGCAUCGAUUUAAUAAUAAAUUAUUAAAUAAAAUCAGUAUGAAUUAUAUUCAGUACAAAAGAUGUAUUUUUAACUAAAUAAUUUCCAAUUACGAAUUACAAGAUUUUUUUUCUAUGCUUUGCCAUGAAAAUGUAAAUGUUUUCCUAUAUGCAGCUUUAAUUUUUAAUAAAAAGAAACGUUUAGCAAAUUCUAGUUUUUAAUGCAAUUAAUAAAAUUUUCCAGUCAAAUUAUUUUUAUUAUAAUACAUUUGCAUGUUUUACUUCUUCAGCAUAUUGAAAAUCCAUUUAAUUAUAUUGUAAUGAUAUUUAUUUAAUGAUAAAUUAAAAUUAGAAUUAAAAUUAAUUAAAUUCAGUACAACAAAUACCACCAUGAUGUAUACUUACUUUAAAAGGUAUAUUAUAUAUAAACUUAUUCCAAUGAUAAUUGACCAAUUGUGAAUUGGUAAAUGUGCUUAAAUGUGUCUAGAAAUGUAAAAUGUCUAUAUAUAUAUAAUUUUGCAUGGUAAAAUGAAGAUCAUUUUAUAUAUAUAUAUAUAUAUAUAUAUAUAACUUAUAAUCUUCAUUGUACUAUACAAAAUUAUUUUAUUUCUUCUUUUGAUUUUGAGGUGAAAUAUGACCUACAUGUUCUUGAGCUUCCUCCAAAAAAAUCUGUUACCCUAGAGCUUCUGCUUGUUUAUAAUAAAAAUCUAAGAAAUAAAAAAAAUCACAAUUGACUAUAAUUUGUAUGUACAUUACUAUAUUGUACUUGACUUUAUUUUGUAUUCUAUACAAGCUUUUCUCAGAUUAAACUCACUUCCUGGAGCGAUUUAGUCCCUAUAGUAAAAAACCAAACAAACACAGUGACCUUGUUCGUAGUCCUGACAAAGAAUAAUUCGAUCUGUUCCUGCCUGUGUUUGUCCCAUCAGCUCUGUCUCCGUGCUUCAUAUUUCACUGGGGUUAAAGUCUCAAGCUGUCGGAAGCUCGCUGUCUCAUUACAAAACUGCCCUCUCUCUCUCUCUCUCUCUCUCUCUCUCCCUCUCCUUCUCUCCCUCUCUCUGUCUCUUUUUCUCUCGCAACCUCGCUCUCAUUCUCUCUCUCUCUCUCUCUCUCUCUCUCUCUCUCUCUCUCUCUCUCUCUCUCCCUCACUCUCAUUCUCUCUCUCUCUCUCUCGCUCCCUCACUUUCAUUCUCUCUCUCUCUCUCGCUGCAGUAGGGUUGGUGUGUUGUGGUGGGGGUUGGAUCUGUGUGUGUGUGUGUGUGUGUGUAAAGUGCAGGUUUCAGCAGGCUGGAGCUCACACACCAUUGUCCUCUCAGAUCACACAGAGAGAGUGUGUGUGAAUGUGUGUAUGUAUAUGUGUGUGUGUGUGUAUGAGGACGCUGCAUCUUCUCACUGCAGCACCACUGAUGUCCCCGCUCCGAGGAAUUCCCCGCUCCAUGAUUGUGUGCGUUUGGAGGGAUUUAACGCUUGGAUACUAAUGGCACCAGAGCUGAACAUCACGGACAGAUCUAACGCGUGGUGUUUUGUGUGAACGCUGCUCUCGUGUGUGUGUGUGUAUGUGUGUUGGAGAGGCAGGCAUGCAGUCGGAGCGCAGGAGUCGUGUGUGUAUCGUGGUCCUGGAGGAGGUGGAAGAUGACGAUCCCUCCCCUCUGCAUUCCAAAGCUGCCCCGGACCACAUUUCCCAGAAUUCCUCUCAGGAGGAGAAGCCCUCUCUGAUUAAAGCCAUAUUUAACGGCGACGCAGAUGAAGUUCGCUCUCUCAUAUUCAAGAAAGAAGACGUCAACGUACAGGACUGUGAGAAGAGAACGCCGCUUCACGCUGCUGCUUACCUGGGCAACGCUGAGAUCCUGGAGCUGCUCGUCCUGUCAGGGGCGAGAGUGAAUGCCAAAGAUAAUAAAUGGCUCACUCCUCUUCAUCGGGCCGUGGCGUCCUGUAGUGAGGAAGCAGUCCAGGUGCUGUUGAAACACUCGGCGGAUGUGAACGCGCGGGAUAAGAGCUGGCAGACGCCGCUGCAUGUGGCUGCGUCCCAUAGAGCUGUGCGCUGCGCCGAAGCAUUAGUCCCAUUGUUAAGCAACGUCAAUGUGUCGGACCGCGCCGGACGCACGCCUCUACACCACGCGGCCUUCAGUGGACACCUGGAGAUGGUUCAGCUGCUGGUGUCCAAAGGUGCAAACGUCAAUGCAUUUGAUAAGAAGGACAGACGAGCCGUUCACUGGGCCGCAUACAUGGGUCAUCUGGAGGUCAUGAAGUUCCUGGUGUCUCACGGCGCUGAGGUUUGCUGUAAGGAUAAGAGAUCGUACAGUCCUCUUCACGCCGCUGCCUCCAGUGGAAUGAUCAACGUCGUCAAAUACCUGCUCCAUCUGGGCGUUGAUAUUAAGGAGCCGAACGCGUACGGAAACUCUGCUCUGCACCUGGCGUGUUUUAACGGGCAGGACGUGGUGGUGAAUGAGCUGAUCGAAGCAGGAGCUGAUGUCAAUCAGGGGAAUGAGAAGGGCUUCUCCCCGCUGCACUUCACCGCCGCGUCCCGCCAGGGGGCGCUCUGUCUCCAGCUGCUCCUCGCCAACAGAGCCAACAUCAACAGCAAGAGUAAAGAUGGUAAGACUCCUCUCCACAUGGCAGCCAUUCACGGGCGAUACUCCAGAUCGCAGGCCCUCAUUCAGAACGGCGCAGAGAUCGACAGCGAGGAUGAGAAUGGAAACUCUCCGCUUCAUAUAGCGGCUCGAUACGGUCACGAGCUGCUCAUCAACACGCUCAUAACCAACGGUGCGGACACGGCCAGGCGGGGCAUCCACGGAAUGUUUCCGCUGCAUCUGGCGGCUCUGAGCGGAUUUUCAGACUGCUGUCGAAAACUGCUCUCCUCAGGUUUUGACGUCGACACGCCGGAUGACUUUGGCAGGACCUGUUUGCAUGCGGCUGCUGCAGGAGGGAAUCUGGAGUGUUUAAAUCUGUUGCUCAACAUGGAUGCUGACUUUAAUAAGAAAGACAGAUUUGGGAGGACGGCGCUGCAUUACGCUGCUGCUAACUGUAACUAUCAGUGUGUGUUUGCUCUGGUGGGCUCCGGGGCCAGUGUGAACGAGCGGGACGUCAGGGGCUGCGGUCCUCUGCACUACACCGCUGCUGCAGACUCAGACGGCAAGUGUCUGGAGUAUCUGUUGAGGAAUGAUGCGAAUCCAGCUCUCAGGGAUAAAGACGGAUACAGCGCUGUACACUACGCUUCAGCGUACGGCCACCGAGUGUGUCUGGAGCUGAUCGCCAAUGAAACGCCGUUAGACGUGCUGAUGGACUCGUCUGCAUCAAGUAUCGUACACGACACAGACGUCCAGCCUCCCAUCAGCCCUUUACACCUAGCCGCGUAUCACGGUCACCAUCAGGCUCUGGAGGUUCUGGUGCAGUCUCUGCUGGAUCUGGACGUGAGGACGCCUCAGGGUCACACGGCUCUGAGUCUGGCGGCGUUUAAGGGUCACGCGGAGUGUGUGGAUAUACUGAUCAGUCAGGGCGCAUCCAUGAUGCUGAAGGACUACACACACAAGAGGAGCGCCGUACACGCCGCAGCCAUGAACGGUUACUCUGAGUGUCUGCGUCUGCUCAUCCACAACAGCGACCAGCAGACGGCCGUCAACAUCCGUGAUGGGAAGGGACAGACUCCUCUGAUGUUGGCGGUUCUGGGUGGACACACAGAUUGUGUGUAUCUUCUGUUGAGUGAAGGAGCCAGUGUGGAGGCCAGAGAUAAAUGGGGCAGGACGGCCCUCCACCGCGGGGCAGUGAUGGGUCAGGAGGCGUCUGUGGAGGCUCUGUUGCAGCACGGCUCCGGUCUGCUGGUUCAGGACAGCAGGGGGCGCUCUCCUGUGCACCUGGCGGCUGCCUGUGGUCAUGUGGGGGUUCUGAGGGCCCUUCUGAAAACCCAGAAGACCGUCCUCGUCCUCAAGGACAACUGUGGUUAUACACCGCUGCACUGGGCCUGUUACAAUGGUCAUGACGCGUGUGUUGAGCUGCUCUUGGAGCACGAUGUGUUUCAGAAGCCGGAGGGAAACUCCUUCAGUCCGCUGCACUGCGCCGUUAUUAAUGAUAAUGAGUCUGCGGCUGAGCUGCUGAUAGAAACUUUAGGUCCAGCGAUUGUGAACGCCACAGACUCACAGAGCAGGACACCGCUUCACGCCGCGGCGUACACCGAUCACGUGGAGUGUGUGCAGCUGCUGCUGGCUCACAACGCUCAGGUCAACGCCAUCGACACGCUGGGAAAAACAGCGCUCAUGAUGGCCGCUGAGAACGGACAGACUAACACCGUCGAGGUGCUGGUGAGCAGUGCUAAAGCUGAUUUGACAUUACAGGACGCUCACAGAAACACAUCUCUGCAUCUGGCCUGCAGUAAGGGACAUGAAACCAGUGCCUUGUUAAUUCUGGAGAAGGUGAUGGACAGAAACCUGAUCAACUGCACAAACGCAGCGCUGCAGACGCCGCUGCACAUCGCUGCUGCUAACGGACUGACAGUGGUCGUACAGGAGCUGCUGGGUAAAGGAGCCAGUGUCUUCGCCGUGGAUGAGAACGGUUACACUCCAGCUUUGGCUUGUGCUCCGAACAAAGACGUGGCCGACUGUUUGGCGCUGAUACUCUCCUCCAUGAUGCCCAUCUCUCCCAGCAGCACCCGCACCAUGUCGAGCCUCACCUUUAACACCAUCAACCACUACUCAAGCUUAUCUAAGACUGUGACCUUUGACCCGUUACCGGUGCUGCGCUCCGAGCAUGUCUCCUACUGCAAGUUCAACAGCCUGGGCAGCGAGGACAGCCUCAUCAUCCCAGAUGACGAACUCAAUGAUUCAGACUCAGAAACAUACUGACAACACGCCCCUCAGUGUCUUAACCUAAUGCCUCAUUGGCUGAAAGGUCACUAUAUUCUAAUUAGGGUCAUCCCUUUAUGACUGAACAGGAAACAGGAAGAGAAGUACCACAGAACUGGCUCACACUACAAUCUAGAUUGUUUAUUCAUUACAGCAUAAACCUCUGUGAGCCCUCAAUCAUCUCUAGUAAUUAUUUACCGCCAUGUUCAUUUUAUUGUAUUUUAUGAGAAGAAAUCAUCUCAUGUUGGCAGCUGUGGGACUGUAAUUCUCUGCAUUCAUGUGAAACGUGAGGAGGCGAAACUAAAGACGUCAGGGACCAAGAGCUGCAGACUUUACUUUUAUCCCCGUUUGUGCAUGAAGAUUUGAAUUAGGUUUGCAUCAUCAUGGAUUAUUUUUUUUUAUAAAAAAAAAAAGAAGAGCAAAAAAGCCUUGCAGGGUUCAAACUUAUUUAGAGUACUUAUUCCUCUGCUUUUGUGAGGAUUUCUAUCGGUCUUCCUGCUGUGCGUGUGAGUGUUUUUGAAUUUGAAUGGUGUCUCUGUCAUUAUUUUAUAAGACAAUGAAAAGAUCAGGUGUGUAACUUGACCUUUUUGGUAUAUUGUUAAUAAUUGUUAAUAAUUCUAUAAAAUAAAUAAUUUUAAUAAAGAUAAAUAUAAAAAAGA